CUCCCAAAUCGAGGAAACCCUAGCCCCCAAAUCUCUCCCAUACCGCAGCUGCAGCUGGUACUCAACCCUAUCCUCUCGCCGAGGCGUCGCCUCCCUCCCCCACCCCAAAACCCAGAACCCCUCUAAUCCAAUUCUUUCUUUGCAGCCGCCGCUGCUCCAAUCCCCCCUUCCACAGCUCCGCUCGCUAGAUCCAUACAUGAUGGGAGAGGCCAAGGAGAACGACGUCUACGAGGAGGAGCUCCUGGACUACGAGGAGGACGACGACAAGACGGUCGAUGGCUCCGCCGCCAAGCCCACCGGAGAGGUCGCGAAGAAGGGCUACGUCGGCAUCCACAGUUCCGGGUUCAGAGACUUCCUUCUCAAGCCAGAGCUGCUUCGUGCUAUCCAGGACUGUGGUUUUGAGCAUCCAUCCGAAGGUACAUUUUCUUCUGAUACUCCAUGUUGGAGCAGAAUAUGGUAACACUUUCCAUUAACGGACCCAGAAGGUUACACUUUUACUCACUGGGGUGCUGCUCCAAUUUCUUUUGGUUCCACAUCAGUGCAACACGAGUGCAUCCCUCAAGCAAUUCUUGGAAUGGAUGUCAUAUGUCAAGCAAAAUCUGGGAUGGGCAAGACUGCAGUUUUUGUCCUUUCAUCCCUCCAACAAAUUGACCCUGUUGCGGGUCAGGUAGCAGCACUUGUACUGUGCCACACAAGGGAACUGGCUUACCAGAUAUGCCACGAGUUUGAGAGGUUCAGCAAAUAUCUGUCUGAAGUUAAAGUUGCUGUCUUCUACGGAGGAGUUCACAUCAGGAAGCAUAAAGAUUUGCUGAAGAAUGAAUGCCCUCAUAUUGUGGUCGGCACUCCAGGAAGGAUACUUGCUCUUGCCAGAGAGAAGGAUCUCUCCCUCAAGAAUGUGCGGCAUUUCAUCCUUGAUGAAUGUGACAAGAUGCUCGAGUCACUUGAUAUGCGGAGAGAUGUCCAGGAGAUCUUCAAAAUGACUCCUCAUGACAAGCAAGUCAUGAUGUUUUCAGCAACACUCAGCAAGGAGAUCCGUCCUGUAUGCAAGAAAUUUAUGCAAGAUCCGAUGGAAAUUUAUGUUGAUGAUGAGGCAAAAUUGACCCUCCAUGGUCUUGUACAGCACUACAUAAAACUUACCGAGGCAGAGAAGAAUAGGAAACUGAACGAUCUCUUGGAUGCUCUUGAUUUCAACCAAGUUGUGAUAUUCGUGAAGAGUGUUAGCAGGGCUGCAGAGCUGAAUAAGUUGCUUUGUGAGUGCAACUUCCCUUCAAUCUGCAUCCAUUCUGGGAUGACCCAGGAAGAAAGGUUAACCCGGUACAAGAACUUCAAGGAAGGCCACAAGAGAAUUCUUGUGGCUACAGAUUUAGUUGGCAGGGGCAUUGAUAUUGAGCGGGUCAACAUUGUCAUAAACUAUGACAUGCCAGACUCAGCAGAUACAUAUUUGCACAGGGUUGGUAGGGCUGGACGUUUUGGCACAAAGGGACUUGCAAUUACCUUUGUUUCCUCUGCCUCAGAUUCUGAUGUUCUUAACCAAGUGCAAGAAAGGUUCGAGGUGGACAUAAAGGAACUGCCUGAGCAAAUUGACACUUCCACAUACAUGCCAUCAUAAGCAGCAAGUUGUCGCUGCUGCCACAACGCUUCCAUGUGGGAAGAAUAGAGCAAGAGGGGAGUGCGCAGCCUCCGUUAUGUCGCUGCUUCGACACUUUUGAACUAAUGUGUUGUGGAGGAAUUUGUUUUGCCUCCUGUGUACUUUAAAAGGCUGUCGGGAUGCUGAUCUGUAUCUUAAUACUCUACUAUCAGUUUUUGUGCUUGUAGGACGGUCUCAUCUUGUGCUGUUCUGUUAUGUUAGCAUUUUGCGUUGUCUAGAAUUUAAUUCCCAUGAUGUAUCAGUGAGCUGUUUUCACUUUU